GGUCUGGAUCGGUCAGACGUGGUCGCAGGCGUCUUGGGCCUGGGAUUCCAUCCUUCAACAGGCAAGAUGCUGUCAAUCCUCAGGAAAGCAAGACUAAAAGACAAGGAGCUGAGGAUUUUAAUGCUUGGACUGGAUAAUGCUGGCAAGACUACCAUCGUCAAGAAAAUCAUGGAUGAGGACGUCAAUACCGUCAGCCCCACCUUGGGAUUUAUUAUCAAGACGAUCGACUACGAAGGGUACAAGUUAAACAUAUGGGAUGUUGGUGGCCAGAAGACACUGAGGUCUUACUGGAGAAACUAUUUUGAGAAGACGGAUGCCUUGAUAUGGGUGGUUGAUGCCACAGACCGUCUACGAGUGGAGGACUGCCGUGUGGAGCUUCACGGCCUACUCCAAGAAGAACGACUCUCGGGUGCCAGUCUUCUGGUCUUUGCCAAUAAAACAGAUGUAAAUGGUUGCAUGCAAAAAGACGAAAUCCUCGAGAGACUACAACUGAAAGAGAUCCGCACACAUCGGUGGAGCAUAUUGGAGUGCAGUGCAAUGACGGGCAACAAUCUCAAGGAAGGGCUAGCUUGGGUCGUUGAGGAUGCAAAAGCUAGGUUGUUCCUAUAUUAG